CCUGUUAAGUUGUCAUGAAGUCACGUGAAUGUCUAUGCCUCUCUCUCCUAUGACUAAAAAAUCCCUCCUUUUAAGACUCCCCCAUCCAAUAUCUCCCUCUUGAUAUAUCAAUCCCCCUAUACCUAUCUCAUUCUUCUUUCAUUUUUCUUGAUCACUUUCCCCAUGACUCCACUUGAUCACAUAACUACUUUCCCUUUUGAGCUUAACAAUAAUAAUAACAAUGAUCUGAAGAAUUCUCUUGUUACCCCUAAAUAUCAGGCUUCAUCUUCUUCUCACUCAUCUUAUCAUCACUUUUUCUUCAACUCAACUACUGAUAAAACCGGAAGUUUUCGUCAUCACCCUACCGAAUAUUAUAUGUCACAGCACCAACCUGAGGUGGAUAAUCAUGAUGCAUCAUAUGAUUUAGGGAAGAAAAAAAAGGUAGGAAGUGGUCUCAAAUUGACCUUGUGGAAGAGAGAAGACAAGUUGGUGUCUUCAAGGAUAAAAAACUUGGAUCAAGCAAGAAUGAAAAAUACCACCAACAAUGCUUGUAUCAAAUUGAAGCAACAACCAAUAGAAACUGAUUACAGUUCCAACAAUAUACCUAUUAGGGUUUGUGCUGAUUGUAACACUACUAAGACCCCUCUUUGGAGAAGUGGUCCCAAUGGACCUAAGUCAUUGUGCAAUGCAUGUGGAAUCCGACAAAGGAAGGCAAGAAGAGAAAUGGCAGUAGCAGCUGAAGCUGAAGCUUCAGCAAAUGGGAAAGCUGAUCAUCAAACAGCAAUAAAGAUAAAGCUACAACAUCAAAGAAAAGUUAAUACAAGCAAUCAUGUUACACCCUUCAAGAAAAGGUGCAAAUUUGGUCCUUCAUCCUCUAGUACUAAUGCACCAAAGAAGCCUGAUUUUGAGGACUUCUUGAUAAACUUGAGCAACAAGUUGGCCCUACAACAAAUUUUCCCACAAGAUGAGAAGGAAGCAGCAAUCCUUCUGAUGGCACUCUCCUGUGGCCUUGUUCAUGACUAAUUAAUUAGCCUUCUUUCAAGUGUGAGUUUGUGUUUGAGAUUGUAAUUACUAGGAAGAGUAAUAUUUAAUUAUAUGAGUGUUAGCAAGAAUGAGAGUAAGUUGAGUCACGAAUUUUAAUAAGAAAUAGUAGGAUUAAUAAAUUAAUUAAAUAGUAUGAUUAGUGAUGAUCGUUUGUAAGAUCAUAAUGACAGAGAUUUGAACAAGGAGAAAACAAGAAAAUUGGCCACUUAAUUAGCUUGA